CUUUCGACAGUUUUACUUUGUACAUAAAAAGGCAACUUUAUCAAUUCGGAUUUACGUUGUCAAGAAAUCACGCAGCCUUUCCCGUCAGUCAGAGUUUUGAUUUGUUAAUCCUUGUUUGGGCAUAACUAAAGAGUUUUGUUUAGCUAGCUAACGGUAGCAACUAAUCCAACUGCGAGUGCAGUGUUAUAAGUCAUCAUGUAUGCACAGACACGUUUACUUGGAUGAAACCCACCAACGCCCCCACCGAAAUGUACCCAAGGGCACAACAACAUUAAGUCAUGUCGGACUGACAACAGCACCGUGGCUCCGCCGGUCACAACAACAAGCAGAGCAGAGAGGGCAUCAAAAAGCUGCAGCUAGCCUCCAGGAGACCAACACCAGGUUCAUUUUCGACUCAGCCACCAAAUCCUGCAAAAAUGGGGCCAUUAUCAACAGCACCAUCACCCCCAACAUGACCUUCACCAAGACAUCGCAGAAGUUUGGUCAGUGGGCCGACAGCAGGGCCAACACUGUCUACGGCCUCGGCUUCUCAUCUGAGAGCCACCUGGUCAAGUUUGCAGAUAAGUUUGCUGAAUUCAAGGAGGCAGCACGGUUGGCUAAGGAGAGGUCUCAGGAGAAGAUGGAGCUCACCAGCACUCCCUCCCAGGAGUCGGCACCAGGCGAUCUACAGUCACCUUUGACCUCAGAGAGCAUCAACGGUACAGAUGACGAGAGAGUCACACCAGACACACCUCAAAACACUGAAGCUAGAGCAGAUCCUUCCCAGAAUGCACUGCCCUUCUCACACAGUUCAUCCAGCAUCAGUAAGCACUGGGAGGCGGAGCUUGCCGCACUUAAGGGGAACAAUGCCAAACUGACGGCGGCUCUGCUCGAGUCCACAGCCAACGUCAAACAGUGGAAACAGCAGCUGGCAGCCUAUCAGGAGGAAGCCGAGAGGCUGCACAAACGGGUGACUGAGUUGGAGUGUGUGAGCAGCCAAACAACAGUGAUCAAAUCUCAUAAGACUGAACUUAACCAUAUGAUAGAAGAGCUGGAGUUGGCUUUGAAGGCCAAAGAGGAGGAGUUAGAGAGACUUAAAGAAGAGGUGCAGAGUGCCAAUGAGUUUCGGUCUCAGAAAGACUCCCUUACACAGCAACUACAGGACUCGGAGUCGAGGAACCAGGUGCUGGAGGCCCAGCUGAGCGACCUGGAGCAGCGUCUGGAGAGCAUCCAGCUGGAGAGGGAAGCCUUUCACAAGAGCCUGCGCUCCCUGCUGGAGCUGCUGGACAGUAAGCUGUUCGAGCUGAACGAGCUGCGGGACACGCUGGCUAAGCUCAUCGAAGGUAGCUAGAGAGAGAGAGAGACAGUAGCCGGGAGAAAUCACCUGCACAUCGGCUCACACUCUCAUGGACACCUACAACAACUUGAAUUUUUUUUUUUCCCCUACAUGUAUACGAUACGCAUAAAACAAUAUGUUUACACACAACUUUAUGCAUCAAUCACAUACAUUUUUCUACAUCCUUGUCGUUUACAGCCAAGUGAAGAGGGCUUUGCUUGCGCCAUGCCUUCCCUCUGCGCCACUCAAGAUGAUUCUUGACUCUGACGACACAGAGUCUCUGGUUUCUUUCUUUUUUUUUUUUUUAUUGGAAUUUUUUUGUCUGUUUAAUUUUUGCUUUCUGCUCCGUCAUUUAUUAAGACUUUUGAGCUUUGCUUUGGUGCGUUUUGUUGUCGCCUGGAGCUGGCGAUUGUUCUCCAUCUCCUUUCUUCUUCCUCACUUUUUCAGCCACUUAAUGGUCAUUAUCAGCCAGAUGAACAGUUUCUAGCCAGAUGUGCAGGACUCCAGCUUUUUCUGCACUUGGAGAUUGAUCUUUUUUUUUUUUUAAAGUUUGAACCGUGGAGGGUGAUGAAGGGAUAAACUACCAUUGUUCCUCCUGUGACCUGCAAAACGGGCCGAGGACAACUACAUUAUGUCUUAUAUUCUUCUACAAUAUAUGAGCAAUACACAAAAGGAGCAUCGGAGGGUAAAUCAACACUUUUCCACUCUCACUUUCAGGUAACUUUACUCUUCUCUUGGACAGAUCACAAGCGAGGUGGGAUUUUAUUCACAAGUUUUCUUUCUAAACACCUUUUCUAAUGAGUACUACUAGAACAAAUGCAUAGUGCACUUGUGUGUGUGUGUGUGUGUGUGUGUGUGUGAAUCAGAUGAUCAUGUUUUCUUUCCCCUCUUGUUUCUGUUGUGACUUGAAGUCCUUUUUUUUGUUAAUUUAUUACUAAAGUAACUGAAGGUUGAUUUUGAGGAAAGUUGUACAAAAGCAAAGAUCUUUCUUUACGUCUUAUUUUCGGCCGGUACGUGGCUGUUGAGGUACUUUGUUUUUGGAAAAUAAUUUUUGAAAACAUAGCAGGAGACCAGAUUUGCAGAGAAUCUUUUUUCUUUUUCUUUUGCCAAAUGAUGUUUUCAUGUACAGAUUAGAAUUUAAGAUGAUGUUGCCUUUGGUACAAAGAUGCAUCAUUGGUAGCUAACUAGCGGUACUUUUGUUCUGGUGUGUGGGGUUUACUGUUGCCAAACAUUCAGUGACAUUAAGAGGACUACAGUGUGUACACCUGAACAAAAUUUAAGGGCUUGUUGUUGGUUUGGGUACAUUUGGGAAACUUGAAUGAUUUUAAAGGUGACUUGAUCAUCUUGAAAAUUCUGAAUACUGCAGCUUGAAAGGUUAAAACAUUUGAAUAAGACUUAAAUGUUGAUUAUACCACAUGCUUAAAGACACAAAGUUUAUAGUAAAACAAACGCAAAUUAAAAUCCU